AUGGCUCCCCGCAAGGGUAACGAGGCUGCCUCUUGGGAGGUCGACGCCGACAAGCCAAAGCCACAGGGCGAGACUCGUAUUCACCGCUCUUACGCCUCCAAGGACCUUGUUCUACGCCCCGAAGCUGGUAUCGACACCAUCCACGAUGUGAUGCUCUACGCUGCCCGCACCCACGGCUCCAAGAUCGCCCUUGGUGCCCGUGAGAUUGAGCGCACCAUUACCGAGACCAAGCAGAUUACCAAGAUUGUCAACGGCAAGGAGACCAAGGUUGACAAGAACUGGACCUACUUUAAGCUCACUCCUCUCGAGUGGAUCUCGUACGAGGAGGCGCUUCAGGAGGUCCGCGACAUUGGUUCUGGUCUCCGCGAGCUCGGUCUCGGCGGCGAGGACGAGACGUUCUUCAACAUCUACGCCUCCACUCACCGCAACUGGAUGCUCAUGGCCCAGGCAUGUGCCUUCAACGCCGUUCCCAUCUGCACGGCCUACGACUCGCUCGGCCCCGAGGGUCUCGCGCACUCGCUCAACGAGACCGAAGUCCGCGCCAUGUUCACCAACUCCGAACUCCUCGGCACUCUUGCCAAGAUCAUCGGCAAGUGUCCCACUGUCCGCCUCGUCGUCUACGACGGCAAGCAGCCGGACGAGGCCACUGUCCAGAAGCUCAAGUCGGCUCGCGAUGACAUCACCCUCAUUCACAUGGACGAGGUUCGCGCCAAGGGCAAGGCCGCGCCCAAGGAGGCCAUUCCCGCCAAGCGCGAGGACGUGUACUGCUGCAUGUACACCUCGGGUUCGACUGGUACGCCUAAGGGUGUGUUGCUGACGCACGGCAACAUCACCUCUGCCAUCGGCUCCGUCUGGAAGCUCCUCUACGAGUACCUCAGCCCCGACGACACCUACCUUGCCUUCCUUCCCCUCGCGCACAUUCUCGAGUUCGUCGUCGAGAUGUCGUUCUUCUUUGCCGGUCUUCCUAUUGCCUACGGUAGAGUCAAGACGCUCACCGACGCCUCGGUGCGCGAGUCCAAGUCGGACAUCAUGGAGGCUAGACCCUCUAUCAUGGUCGGCGUCCCCCAGGUCUGGGAGAUCAUCCGCAAGGGUAUCGUCGGCAAGGUUGACGCGGGUGGCGCUGUCAAAAAGGCCAUCUUCAACUUUGCUCUCAAGGCGAAGAACGCCGGCAAGGAGUACAAGAUUCCCGGUCUCGCUGGCCUGACGGACGCCAUCGUCUUCAACACGGUCCGUGCCGGCACUGGUGGCCGCCUGAAGAUCCUCUUCAGCGGUGGUGGCCCCGUCUCGGCGUCGACCCAGAAGUUCCUCUCGACCGCGCUCGUCAUGAUGAUCCAGGGCUACGGUCUUACCGAGGGCACUGCCAUGGCGGCCAUUCUCAACCCCGACUGGAUGAGCUACAACUCUGUCGGUGGCCCCGUGCCCGGUGCCGAGAUCAAGCUCGUCGACGUCGCUGAGGCCGGCUACUUCAGCACCAGCAACCCACCUCAGGGUGAGAUUCUUCUCCGUGGCCCUGCCAUCUUCAAGGGCUACUACAAGCGCCCCGACCUUGACAAGGAGGCGUUCACCGAGGACGGCUGGUUCAAGACUGGUGACGUUGGCCAGUGGAACAAGGACGGCACUCUGUCGAUCAUUGACCGUAUCAAGAACCUUGUAAAGCUCCAGGGCGGCGAGUACAUUGCGCUCGAGCACCUUGAGUCUGUGUACAAGUCGGCUAGCUUUGUCCUCAACGGCUGUGUCGUGGCCAACGCCAACCACACGCACCCCGCCAUGGUGGUCAUGGCUCACCCCGUCGCCCUGCCCGCGUUUGCCAAGCAGCACGGUCUGGGUGACCACGGUGACCUCGAGGCGUAUUGCGAGGAUCCCGCUGUCGUGAGCGCGUGCCUCAAGGAAAUGAACGACAUUGGCAAGAAGCAGGGUCUCAAGGGUAUGGAGCUGCUCGAGGCUCUUGUCCUCACGGGGGAUGAGUGGACUCCCGAGUCUGGGUUCCUCACUGCCGCUCAGAAGCUGCAGCGCAAGACGAUCGAGACCUACUACAAGGAGAAGAUCAACGCCGUCUACAAGCUGACCUGA